UUGUGCACCUGACUAUUAUUUUAGGACAGACUUGAAAAAUUGUGAACCUGUCCGUUAAGGCACUUCACAAUGCAGGAAGCAUGACUACAGCACAUAUAUUUCCCCAUUCUCCCUGUCAGUGUGAGAGUCAGGAUAUUCUUUUUUCUCUGCUAAUUACUAAACCGGCAGCCGUAUCCCAAAUCAGACGUCCAUUCCAGCUGUCAGCUCCUCCUUCCCGCAAGCCAUUCUGGGGGCCGCAGUUUCAUUUUGGCCAGUAAUGAUGGCUGAAAUGACCCGUGCAAUUAGCGCGUUACAUGUCAGCCAAACUGAGCCCCAAAAUGGCUGACAGAUUCAAUUGCAGAUCAGCUCCAGAUUAGCCUUCAUGUCUUGCAAGAAGGGAAAUGCACAUCUGUUUGGUGUAUUUGCUGCUUGGCAAUGGUGCAGUUGCUUGAGGAUGAAGUAUUUCCAUACAGUUAAGUGAGCAGCUCAGUGCAAAGGGAAGCUUCCUCUGAGUGAUUAAACUUAUGAAAACACAACCGGAAGACAACUGUUGCUCUUUAUGACUUUACAGUUACAGUUUCAGAUGCUCAGAUGGUUUUUGCAUGUUUACUGUAGUCAGGUGAUUACAAUCCAAUGUGGCUAACAUGUGUGCUGCACUGACACGAACAUGAUUCAUCGUGAAACCCUACCCUUGAAGGGUGCAUGGAUGUACAUGUACGUACGUACUGUAAUUCACAUCAUCCUUGUUCAUAUGGAUUGCUGUUCAUUGAACUUUAAAGUCCAUGUGGCUUUGAGGAAACAGCUCUAUAACAAACAAAUACUUCUCUUCUUCCUGGAAAUAUUGUGCUGGAAAAAAAGUUUGUGUGCACUAGAACAGUUGUACAUUUAAUCCACAGUUAUCACUGCAAACGAACAGUGAAAAUUAAGGAUUUCGCUUCUUCUUAAAAAACCAAUGUGACACUUUCCUUUAUAUAAUAAUGAACAGUCUGUUUACCUACAGUACCAGUCAAAAAUUUGGACACACUUUCUGAUUCAAGUGAAUGGGAAGGUGAGUCCAAACUUUUGACUGAUUGUGUACACUCAAGCAUACUGUAAAUGGUUACAGUGACGGUGCAGACUCUGCUUUGCUUGACUCCAUGUCAUAACUGGACCUCGAAUCAAAUAGGUUUGUAUUAUCAUACAUAUACUAUUUGUUGAGCUAACUCUGGACAAAAAGUCUUAAAGCUUUACAGCUGUGUGUGUGCAGUUAGUCUGUGGAGUAGACCAAAGUGAAAUAAACAACUUUUAACUACUCUUGGAAGGAGAACACUUGACACGCAGGCACAUAAACUCCCCAGAUCACUUUCGCUUGUCUUUGCUCUGGUUUCAAUCAUUAAACAUACUGUAGCUCCACUCACAUCUCACGUCUUGUAACUUUUAUGUUCUCUUAAAAAAAAAAAAAAAUUACAGAAGAAACAGGCGGAUUGGAAUAUCGUUUGACAUUUUUGGAAUUCGUCUCGUUCACUUUCUUUCAUCGACGUGUGGAGCAGAGGGAGUUCGGGUGAGGCCGCAAUGUGACAACAGAAGGAUUUCAUCUGCAGCUUCAUUCACAGUUGUGAGUCUCUUAUCGACACUAUGGCUGUUUUACAGCCCGGGCAACCUAAGGCAGUGAGCAAUUGUUUAAUUUGUUUAACAGCUUCACUCAUAAAACACAUGUGCGGUAAGCUGAUCUACAGUAAAUGUUGUUUGUUGUGUGAAUUCAUCUUGAUUUUCAUGAACUGUCCUUAUCAAUAUAUUAUGUAAUUUAACACAGAAGCACAUUUUUACCAAAAAUGUUACUCAACAAAAAAUCAUAAAGUCUUAACAUAAUAUUAGAGGCAAUACCACUUAUUUCAACAACAUUCAAGAUGUCUCCUAAGUGUUUAUUUGAACCUUUUAAGUACUUCAUGUGUGGCCUUGGCAUUACUAAAAGAAAUAUAACAGCAUUACACUUAACUUUGUGCCAAAAGAAUAAUAAAAUAGCAUUUUCUUUACACCUCAGAUGCAAUACUCAACCAAGUAAAAUAUUCUUUUGCUAAGUGUUGGUGUAAAAAGAUGUAGAACUGUAAUGGAUAUCAGCUCAAAGCCCUUGAUGUUAAAUACCAUCUGCUCAUCAAAUGCAAAGAGGAGAGAAAACAGCGGGAUUUCAAGCCCACUGUGGUUCUAAGUACCAAUACAACCCAGACUCGUGUUUUGACGGGCUGAUUAGAAGCACGUUUCCCAUCCAAUAUCAACCAAACAUAAAAAGCAGGAUGGGGGAUCCGGUGUAUUGUUAGUGGAAAGUGUGAAACUUCCCUCUCAUUCUCGGCCAUCUGAAUACACAGAUUACAGAGUAAGACCUCUAUCCUCGCCAAGUGUAGACCUCCAGUUCAAUCAUGAAUUUGGACCAAGUCCCUAUGGUUAGUUUUCUGAAUGGGUGGAGACAAGAAGAGGGCAGAGGAUGGACCAUCGGACGUCACCACCACUCCCCAUCUCUCCGGUUAGACCUCUCGCUUCUCCUCACGGUUCAGUCAGGACUGAUGACACCAUGGUGGAGCCCCUCCCCAAUGAGUUUGAAGAUGUGGUGGACUUCAUCAAAGUGACCAUCAGCAGGAUACGUCGCUCCUCCUCAUCCACCAAGCCCUCAUCUACCUCCUCUUCCCCAACUACCUCCCCCUCGAAAUAUGACUUGAGCAGCAGGAGUCGACUCAGAAGGGAAAGGAAGAAGGGGGUGACCCAGCAGAGUGGUAAAAGAGGAAGAGGAGGAGCUAGAGGAGGAGAGACAGGAAGGAAGGUUAGAGGAGGAGGCAGUGGACGAGGACAGGGCUGCGUGCUCAAACAGAUCCACCUCAAUGUGUCGGACCUCGGCCUGGGCUACCGCUCCGGUGAGGAAAUGAUAUUCAGGUACUGCUCUGGACCCUGCAGGAAGUCUGAGACCAACUACGACAAAAUCCUUUACAACCUCGCUCACAACAGGAGGUUUCCUCCCAAAGACACGCCGCCUCAGGCCUGCUGUCGGCCAAUAGCGUUUGACGACGAUCUCUCAUUUCUGGAUGACAACCUUGUCUACCACACCAUGAGGAAGCACUCCGCCAGGAAAUGUGGUUGUGUGUAAGGAGUGGGAGCCGGUGUCAGGCUUUGUGUAAUUUUACAUUCACUCCCACUUUGAAGUAUGAUGUUGAGUGUUUUUUUUCUUCUGAGUUUUUCACAUUGUGAGGAAACUUUCUGGCAUACUUGAGUCCAUCAGUAAAGGAUCCUCUUCCUCCCCUCCUUGGGUUCAUCACAAUAUCCACGAUUUCCUUUACAGUCUACACCUUAUAUCACUCAUGUAUUCAGUUUUAUUUAAAAUACGUCCAUGGAUACUCAUCCUAAAGGAGUUAACUCAAUCAGACACAAUCGAUGAUUCAGCAGGCUCACUGUGUCUACUGUAUAGCACAUAUGUUACAUGAAAAGGUUAUACACAUGAAUUGUAUUUAUGAAAUCUUGAAUUUAUUAACUUAUUGAUAUUUAUUUUGUUUUUAUAAAGAAUAAAUGUUAUUUAUUACUGUAAUGUCAUAUUUCGCAUCAUGCCAAAGGUUCAAAUUAAAAUGUUAGUUUAUGUGUGGUUUCAAUACAAAAGCAGUCAAGGACGGAGUGGUUUACAUUGCAAAAUUAUCUCAAUCCUUAAGAUAUCAGUCCUGGUUGAUUAGGCCAUUAACCAUUAAACUGUGGUUAGUGGUGGUUACAGCAAGUAUGGUUUAAUACAACAGGUUAUCUGAAUUCAGGGGGCAGCAAACACACCUUUAGCAAUUGCUGUAUGUGUUUACAGUGCAGCCAAACAAACUUACUUUGUUUUAAUAAAGAACUCCGUCAAUAAUUGCCCCUUUUCCAUCUAGUUAUAAGCAACUGCAGUGCUUUUAACGGUUUUAACAAUAAAAGGUGUUGGUUAUAUUGCUGA